GUGUAUGAAGUAUUUGAGCGCAUGGCCUACUAUGGGAUAUCCUCGAAUCUCUUCAUUUAUUUGACCAAAAAACUCCGUCAAGGCACAGUUGAAUCAGCUAACAAUGUGACCAAUUGGGUUGGAACUGUAUGGAUGACUCCUGUUUUGGGUGCUUACGUGGCUGACGCCAUUUUGGGCCGCUACUGGACUUUCCUCAUUUCUUCCGUUAUCUAUCUCACGGGAAUGUCCAUUCUAACUUUAUCAGCUUCAAUUUAUCCUCUGAAACCAAGCCCUUGUCUAGACCCAAGUGGUGUUAUCUGCAAGAAGGCCACAACAUUGCAAGUAGGUGUAUUCUUUGGUGCACUAUACACAUUGGCUAUUGGCACUGGUGGAACAAAGCCUAAUAUCUCUACCAUUGGGGCAGACCAAUUUGAUGAGAUGAACCCAAAAGAGAAAUCCCACAAACUCUCUUUUUUCAAUUGGUGGAUGUUUUGCAUAUUUUUUGGUACAUUGAUUUCAAACACAUUACUUGUGUACAUACAAGAUAAUGAAGGAUGGACACUCGGCUACGGGAUCCCAACCGUCGGUCUCGCGUUGUCCAUACUCAUAUUUCUGAUGGGCACCCCACUUUACAGGCACAAACUCCCCUCAGGAAGCCCUCUUACUAAAAUGGCUAAGGUCAUUAUUGCUGCCAUAAGAAAACGGAAUGUCCCCAUCCCAACAGAUGCUACACAGUUGUACGAGCAGGAUAUUCAAAUUUAUAGUCAGAAGGGAAAUUACCGGAUUAGGUCUACACCUACGUUGAGGUUCCUGAAUAGAGCCUGUGUGAGAACAGAUUCCUCCUCCAUGCUAUGCCCGGUGACCCAUGUUGAGGAAACAAAACAGAUGAUCCAAAUGAUACCGAUCCUGAUUGCCACCUUCGUCCCGACUGCAAUGAUCUCGCAGGUAACCACGUUGUUCGUGAAGCAAGGCACGACUCUUGACCGAAGCAUCGGUGGGAGGCAUGAGAUUCCCCCCGCCAGCCUGGCAUCGUUUGUCACAAUAUCCAUGUUGGUAUCGGUUGUGCUUUACGACCGCAUCCUCGUGAGAAUCCUGCGCAGAUGGACUGGGGACCCACGCGGAAUCAGCCUCCUCCAGAGAAUGGGGAUUGGCAUGCUCAUUCACAUUAUCAUAAUGGUGGUUGCAACUUUCACCGAGAGCCACAGGAGGAUGAGGAUGAGGAUGAGGAUGGGACACGAGCAAGAACAAGUGUCUGUUUUUAUUCUGCUGCCGCAGUUUGUGUUGAUGGGGAUUGCGGAUGCAUUCUUGGAAGUGGCAAAGAUUGAGUUUUUCUAUGAUCAGGCGCCCCAAGGAAUGAAGAGCUUGGGGACGUCCUACUCCAUGGUUAGCCUUGGAGUUGGGAAUUACCUUAGUACUUUUUUGUUAUCGAUUGUUUCGAGGUUCACCAAGGGAGAUCAUGAAGAGGGUCAGGCCAAGGACCAUUUAACAUCUCUAGAUAUGAGGGACCGCUGGUUGAGAGAUGACUGGGGAUGCUCAUAUAUGCCAUCAAAUUUUGCAUAUCUUGGCAGGAUCUAUUGUCAUGAUUCCAGUCUCCAUUUCCCCCCUCCUAAAAAUCAGGAACACGUUGGGAAAGAUAGAGCUUUAUCUAAGCGGAAGAGGAAGAUUAGCAGGAGACGAUGGUAUGGUCACAUUCAUGGUGUAAAGAGUUAUGUCGUCGGUGAAGUUGUUUGCCAACAGAUCGAGGUGGGGGAUAAUUCUGAGAUAGAUCACGGUACUGAAGCUUCGAGCAGUUUGGGGCGAACGACAAUGGUGGUCGGCGGUAGCGAGCAGGCGAGGCGGAUGAGAGAUUGA